AUGGUCAGUGCUAUUGUGCUAUGCAGAGGGGAUGUGAACAUUAGACAAUGUCGCGCUUGUGUCAACAACGUUGCUCAAAAGCUCGUACAUUCAUGUCCCAACAAGAAAGAAGCUUUUGGUGGAUACGAUGAAUGUAUGUUACAGUACUCUGGUCGAUCAAUUUUGGGUACUACAUCGAAUUUGCCUCUACUCUACAUGUGGGACGACGCAUUUGCUUCAAAACCCGAGGAAUUUAACCAAGAGCUCAAGAAAUUGAUGGAUGUAUUGCGAGGCGUAGCUGCAUAUGGCGAUCCACUUCGUAAAUAUGCCACUGGUCGGGCUAUAGAUCGGAAUUAUCAGACUAUAUAUGCACUUGUGCAAUGUACUCCUGACUUGUCCCCUCAGGAUUGCUACGAUUGCCUAACGAACGCUUAUGGAGCUAUGGCUACUUGUCCCUGUAAUGGCAAUAGGGGCAGUAGACAAAUAGGGUCUAGGUGCAACUUCCGUUAUGAGAGGGCUUGUUUCUUUAACUAG